AUGAUCCUCAACGCGCCUCUAUUCAUCAAUCACGUCAACUAUUCAUCGUACAUUGAUUAUACUGUCGAGCUGUCUUACGCAACUUCCAAUUCGUGCUCAACACCAGAAUCGACACCAUCACCUCCUUUAUCCAAAUCGAAUUCUCCACAGCCAACCGUGUCCCAAGUUAGAGAAAGAAGAGUUUUCGAUCUACCAUGUGCAGUUUGUUUAUGGCCUGCUACAGGUUAUCAUUAUAAUGUUGCUUCAUGUAACGGAUGCAAAACCUUUUUCCGGCGAUGUGUUCUCUCUGGAUCUAGUUUUCGAUGUAUUCGCUCCGACUCAAAUUGUCUGACAGCCAUGCGACUGGUGCCCGGAGCACGUAUCAAGUGUCGAAGUUGUAGACUAGAUCGUUGUCUUCAGCAAGGAAUGCGUAAGGAAGCUGUCACUUCUGGAUUUCUGGCCAACGAGGGAAAAACUGCAACGGACACGUAUCUGGCGUCAAUUUCUCAGCCGAGUACUUCCACCGCCAUUCCAAAAGUUACCGAAACAGCUUCCUGCUUGCGACAAGCCCUUCGACUCAUCAGCAAAUUCAGAAAAUGUGAUAUCCGCCUGGAAGAAGUCGACAUACAUAUCAGCAAACUUCUGAAUAUGGAAAGCUUCCUUGAUAAUCUCUCAAAUUACAAGGAGAUAUCUCAAACAAAACGUGAUCUUCCGGAAUGGCUUACAAUAGAUUUGGUAUCCGCAAUCGAAUUUGCGAAGCGAUUGCCGGAUUUGGGAAAAUUCAAAGACUCCGACAAGGAGGAGCUUAUCCGUACUUCAUGUUUCACGAUAGCAAUCGCUAUUCAAGCAAUUGAAAGCUACUUCGAAAAACAUCGAAGAGUUGUAAUGCCAGACGGUACAGACAUUAUCCAGGCCAUGAUUGAAUCGGGAACUGUCAUCCACGCCGACUAUACACAAAUGUUUGUUACUAUUCUUGAUCCAUUACACAGAGAAGAGUUCACAAUCGAUGAAUUGGUGUUAACGCUGCAAAUGCUUUUUUUCACGAUCGCUUCGCCGGAAAAUCUGAGCGAUGAAGGCAAAGAGCAACUUGAAAAAUCUGUGAAGUCAAGUAUGCAGUGUCUUAUGGUAUUACUUAUUACUCAAGAUAAAGUGAAUUUCUCAGCCCGAUACGGAGCUUUGACAGCGCUCAAUGAGACUUUCAUCACAGUCACUCAUAUACAUAAACACAAAAUGAAGGAAGCCGAACCGUUCCGUCAAAAACUCCGUGAUCUCCUCAUCGAACAAUGUGUCUUUGAUUACCGUCCAACUCAGUAA